AAAAAGAGCGAGUAUCCGUGGCUGUGCAACUACAAGAACAAGUGCUUUAGGUUCCAUAAGUGAGAGUGUCUUUAAUUGCAUUGUUUGAGGAAGCAGAGAUAUGAGGAUGGACUAUCUACACCACAAGUUUCCCUUAAACCACAAGAACCUUCUCCUCAAAUUGCUUCUCUCUUUCUUCUUCUUUGGUCUCGCUUUCCGUUUGCUCUUCUUCCAUUCCCUCUCUCCUCCUGUUUCCCCUGUUCUGGAAUCCCCUUUUCCUGAGAAAACCACUCUCCCUGUUCCAGAACCCCAUCACCCACCUCCUCUUCCGUCAUUGCUGCUUCCUCAGAAUCCACCUGUUUCAGAGGAACAUGUUCCUGAUGAUGUUCCAGAACACGCUCCUGAAGAUGACCCCGAACAUACUCCAGAGGAGGUUCAAGAGCAUGUUCCUGAAAGUGAAGAUCAAGUGGAGACUCACACAGACACAGAUGAAUGUGAUUAUUUUAGUGGGGACUGGGUCCCCAAUCCUUUUGGACCAUUGUAUACUAAUGAAACCUGCAGCCACAUUGAAUCUCAUCAGAAUUGUUUGAAGAAUGGAAGGCCUGAUAGAGAAUUUCUGUAUUGGAGAUGGGCUCCAAGAGGCUGUGAGUUACCCCUGUUUGAUGCAGGGAAGUUUCUCAACAUGAUGCGUGGCAAAGUGUGGGCGUUGAUUGGCGAUUCCAUAUCCCGCAAUCAUGUGCAGUCGUUGAUAUGCAUUCUUUCAACGGUAGAGCAAGCUGUUAUGUACUACCAUGAUGAGGAAUACAAGUCUAAAAGCUGGAACUUCCCCUCAUACAACUUCAAUGUGUCAGUUAUUUGGUCACCAUACCUUGUGGAAGCUGCUAUAUAUGAAGACAUGAACGGCGUUUCGAGUUCUGAAGUUGAGAUACAACUAAACAAACUGGAUAAUAAAUGGGUGGAUCAAUAUAUGGACUUUGACUACAUUAUAUUUUCGACAGGGAAAUGGUUUCUCAAAGCCGCGAUCUACUAUGAAAAUGACACCAUAAUCGGGUGUCACUCCUGUCCCAAAAGGAACCUGACAGAACUCGGAUUCAACUUUGCUUAUCGCAAAGCUCUGAAAUCUGUCUUCAACUUCAUAGUGUCUUCCAAUCACAGAGGCUUGAUAUUUUUCAGGACAUUCACUCCUGACCAUUUCGAAAAUGGAGAGUGGUUCAGCGGUGGAACUUGCAAAAGAACAGCACCAAUCAAAGAAGGUGAGAUGGAAAUGAAGGAGCUGAACAUGAUGCUCCGGAACAUCGAGUUAGAGGAAUUUGCAAAGGCAAGAGAUGAGGCUUCAAAGAGUGGAGUGAAUCUUAAGAUAGUUGAUUUUGCUGGACUUUCACAUUUGAGACCUGAUGGACACCCUGGUCCAUAUAGGGAGUUUCAUCCAUUUGCAAAGGGAAAAAAUUCCAAAGUUCAGAAUGAUUGUUUGCAUUGGUGCUUGCCUGGCCCAAUAGACUCUUGGAAUGACAUAUUAAUGCAGAUGGUUCUCAAUGGAUGAGAAAAAUCAGUAAAAGUUGCUGCUUACACUACCCUCAAGGAAGUUGUGAAUAUUAUUGGUGAAUUGAUGCUCUCAGAUAUACAAUUGAAUGGAGAUUGGAGUCACACAAAUUGAGUGUAACACAAAGGAUUAUAAAUCUCAAUUUAUAGCUAAUUUUGAUAUCUAUAUAUGCAACGACAUUGUAUUUACCAAGUAAAUUUUCAGUUUGAGUGCAUGACCAAAAGAGGGGUAUUUGAGGUA